AUGCGCCGUAGCCCCGGAAAGCGGCCCGCGAAGACGUACGAGCGCCCGGGCCUCAGCGAAGACGAGAUCGAGGAGAUCCGCGAGGCGUUCAACCUCUUCGACACGGACGGCUCCGGCACCAUCGACCCCAAGGAGCUCAAGGCGGCCAUGCAGUCCCUCGGCUUCGAGGCCAAGAACCAGACCAUCUACCAGAUGAUCGGCGACAUCGACAAGGACAACUCGGGCACCAUCGACUUCGAGGAGUUCCUCGACAUGAUGACGGCGAAGAUGUCCGACAAGGACACGCGCGCCGCCGCGCGCGAGGACAUCCAGAAGGUGUUCAACCUCUUCGACGACGACCAGACGGGCCACAUCACGCUCCGCAACCUCAAGCGCGUGGCGAAGGAGCUCGGCGAGACCAUGUCGGACGCGGAGCUCAUGGAGAUGAUCGAGCGCGCGGACACCGACAACGACGGCGAGAUCUCCCCCGACGAGUUC